AUGGCUCCGCGAAAACGGCAGCGCCCCAACACCGACGACGUCACAGCAGAGGUGCCUCCCGCCACGCAAUCACAAGAUAGUCUCCCGCGGCCCGCCCACGCAUCUGCCUCGGAAGAUGCAUCGCGCUCCAGCCGACCCAUGCCCCGACAUAUCCCACCAAGUAAUGAUGGGCAAGAGGGAGCACCUCACCUCUUGCAUCAUAAAGAAGUUCGCAAAACCCAGAGCUGGUACGGUUCCUGGCCCCGGCCAUCCAAGGCAGCAGCGUCAAUCUCGGUGGCGAGAGAAAACAUCCAAGGCGACACAUUUCGAUCCAAAAACGCCGACUUGACACGGUUCGAAUCACGGAGCGGCGACGACUCCGGCAGCAUCCGCAGCAAGCUGAGUGAGUCGGCUGCAGCCUCGGACCAGGCGAAGGCGUCCAUGGCCCGGCCCGACUCGAGAGCGACAAAGGAUAAGCCAGCACAGGAAGCAGCGCCGACGAAAACCAACGAGAACAUAACUACACCCACGAAAUCUGACGACAAUAAAACGACACCAGAGCCGAACGGUACGACCACUACGGCUAGCACAGCUACUGAACCAGAGACGGUCAAGGCUUCCGACGACAUCCCGCCACCAGCAACACCCGCGCAAGCACCGCAAGCUGGCUGGCUAGGCUGGCUCACAAGGACACCUGCAACAGUCACAGAACCGAUUCCGGAAGAGCAACCAGAGCUCCCCCGACCGUCGACGCCGCCAGCACAAAUCGUCGUCAACGCGCCGACCGCUCAGUCAGAACCUCGGCAUCCGGCUACAUCCUGGUUUGGGCUGUGGACAACUGCGGCGCCUGAAGCCAUGGCUAUCGACUCGGAAAAGAAGCAGGCUGAUGAUGCCCGAAAGACUGAUACCGAUGUCGUCAUGCAGGAUGCGCCGGCAUCGUCCGAGCAGACGCAAGAACCGCCGCUCAAAGCUGGUUCAACCUGGGCAUUCUGGUCAAAAGCUACGCCAAAUCAAAAGGACAAGCCACCCACUCAAGAGUCCGGCGAAAUCGCCGUCAUUGGCGAGGGUUCAGAGGCCCAUCCGCUGCCCAUGACGGAAAACACCGUCUCAUCUGAACCUAAUGGCAAAGACAAAGGCAAAGCUAAAGACUCAAAACUAACAUGGGGGAGGAAUAAGCGUCCAAGGCCAGUGUCGGUAGACGAGUCAGGACCUCCAUCCCCCGCCAGCGGCCAGCUUAAUCCCGUCGAUCCCAAUUGUUGCAAACCUGACCAGAGCGACGCUGAGAGCCGCAGGUCGACUACCAAGACAGAAGUAUCCAUCAAGUCGGUGGCAGAGAGCGAAGCCUCGGCCAAACAUCCCGCAAAUCUUGUGCUGCCAUCUUUUGCGAGCACAUACCGUAUGAAAGACAACCCUUCUAUCCUGCAGCAAAUCACAAACUUGCUGCUCCGAACAUCGCAGCCACCCGCCAACCACGUCUUUCGCGUGCAGGAGACGCCCAAAAUCAAGCGUGCCUUGGCCAUUGGCGUCCACGGGCUCUUCCCCGCCACCUACCUGCGGCCGAUGAUAGGGCAGCCCAAGGGUACGUCGCUGCGUUUCGCCAGCCUGUGCGCGGACAGCAUCCGGCGCUGGGCCGACGCCCACGGCUGCGCCGACUGCUCGAUUGAAAAGGUGGCCCUGGAGGGCGAGGGGCGCAUCGGCGAGCGCGUCGAGAAUCUGUGGAAGCUUCUCCUCAACUGGAUCGACCACAUCCGCCAGGCAGACCUGAUUGUCAUGGCGUGCCACUCGCAGGGCGUGCCCGUCACGAUGAUGCUCCUCGACAAGCUCAUUGAUCUGGGCAUCAUUACGAAUGCCAAGAUUGGCGUGUGUGCCAUGGCGGGCGUCGCGCUGGGCCCGUUUCCGGACUACAAGUCGAGUUUGCUGAUUGGCUCGGCAGCGGAGCUGUGGGAUUUCGGGAACCCGCAGAGUGCAAACUCGCAGCGCUUCGAGGCUGCGUUGAAACGAGUGCUCGAUUACGGCGCGCGCGUUACCUUUAUCGGCAGCAUUGAUGAUCAAGUCGUCCCCAUGGAGUCGGCCGUGUAUUCACCGGCUUCGCAUCCGUAUAUAUACCGCGCCGUCUUCAUCGACGGCCGCAUCCACGCGCCCGACUUCAUCGCGCACCUGGUCGGCUUCGCGCUCAAGCUCCGGAACCUCGGCGUCAGCGACCACGGGCUCGUGAGGGAGCUGUCCCUCGCGCUCGCCGGCUCUUUGUAUUCCGGCGAGGGCCACUCGCGGCUCUACUACGACGACGCCGUGUACGACCUGGCCAUUGUACACGCACUGGAGACGACGUCGGUCCCCAAGCCCAGCCCCGAGUGCCGCGUCGAGCACCGCACGGUUCCUACGGCGACACCGGCAGGUGCGGUGGCGCCCGCGCUGGCCUCGCCAAACCCGUACGUGCUGCCGUGGAUCAUGAGGGGCCUGCUCGAGGAGGACUUUGUCAAGACGGAGCUGAGCGCGGAGACGGAGGAGCUCCUAAGGCAGUUUGACGACUGGAAGCCGAGCAACAAGGCGCUGAAGGAUGUCAAGUAUAGACUGGAAGCGGUGCGAUCAAAGCUAUAG